CUUUUUCUGCAAUGGUGGAUGGUAAAAGUCAAGAAAUGUCAACCAAAGAGUUGUCGGGGGGAGCCAGAAUCCACUACAUUUUUCAGUCAAUUUUUGUGAAGAGCUUGGAGGAAGUGAAUCCUUGUGAAGAUUUUUCUGAUGAGGACAUUAGAACGGCUAUCCAAAAUGCUACUGGUCCUAGAAAUGCUUUGUUUGUUCCAGAGGUCCCAUUUCAAGUUUUGGUUAGAAGACAAAUUGCUCGAUUGUUAGAUCCUAGCCUUCAGUGUUUACGACUUGUCUAUGAUGAACUAAUAAAGAUGAGCCGUGCUUGUGAGGCAAUGGAGAUACGAAGAUUUCCAGUAUUACGAAGGCGUUUGGACGAAGUCAUGGGGAAGUUUUUGCGUGAUGGUGUAAAACCGGCUGAAAGAAUGAUAGGAAACAUUAUUGAGAUGGAGAUGGACUACAUAAAUUCUUCACAUCCAAAUUUUAUUGGUGGAAAGAAAGCAAUGGAGGAAGCUAUGUGGAAACUGAGAUCUUCUCAGGGAACUCGUCCUCAGUCCAACAAUGACAGACCUGUAUCAGUUGGUAAUUCAUCCACAAAGACUUGGGCCAUUUCAUCUAUAUUUGGGAGUCGGGCAUCAUCUGCAGAGAGUUCAGCUAAUAGAUCUCUUGAUGAAACUGUUUUUGAUAUGGAACGGAUGCCUUCUGUGAUCCAAUUGAGAGAGCCACCUGCCAUCUUAAGGCCAUCAGAAGCACAAACAGAUAAUGAAGCAGUUGAAAUAAUAGUAACCAAAUUACUCUUGAGUUCUUACUAUGACAUUGUCAGAAAGAACAUUCAAGACUUUGUACCAAAAGCUAUAAUGCAUUUUCUGGUUAACCAUACGAAAAGGGAUCUUCUGAACACCUUUAUACAGAAGCUGUACAGAGAGAGCCUUUUUGAAGAGAUGUUGCAGGAGCAACAUGAUGUUGUCACGAAGAGAAAAAGGACAGGAGAAGUGUACCAUGUCCUGCAACAAGCUGUUCAGACACUGGAUGAGGUUGAAGCUGAUGUGUCUUCACGAGGUUCAAGCUUGGGUGCUGCUGCUGCUACCUCUGGAUUGCUAAGGAUCUCAGGCCUUUCAUCCAAUCUCUACUCAAUAUCAAAUGGUGAGAACAGGCCAUCUUACACGUCCACAAACUCUGCUGCUCGCAGAGUAUUCCAAUUUGGCGAUCGGUCAUUGCCUGGAGACUCAAAUGGUGGCCUUCACAGAUAUUAAGGUGGUGGGGGGCUUGGAUAUCCGAUCUUUGAAUUAUGGGUGGAUUUUUUAUUUAUUUAUUUUUUUUUUUCUUUCUAUGCUUUGCUUUAUGGUUUAUUGUAUGGUGCUUUGAAUCCCAUAUCAAUAUCACCUAAUGGGAUGUGUUUUACGACUAAUAUUCUUUUUGUGAAUAUGAAUCUGGUUAAUUUGCAGAUUUUUUUACCAGAUGAGUGGAUGUCUAAGUUGGCGAGGAGGUUUGGUCUGGUGUUUUUUUCCUUACAUAUAUGAUGGGUAAUUUUUUAAUAAUUCCGGAGUAUGAAUACGUGGUAUUUUAUAACAUUAUGAUUGGUGGAAAGAUGGAUAGGCGGGGUAUUAAUUGGGGAACAUGAGAAGCAUAUUGAAUGAUAAUUGAUCAGGGAGUAUAGAUACGUGAUACUCCAGGAAUAUUGAAUAAUUUUCUCACGUAUAUGAGUAUAUAAUUUAUU